GGAAGGAUGCUGACAUUAUGGUGAAGUACUACCACUCCAACCCCCUCAAGAUCAAUGGAAAGAGUGUCAAAGUAAUCUUGUCAUCGUCAAUGAAGCGCCUGAGAGAAAGUCCUGACUCCACCACAUCCAGAAGAGCAGAUUCUAGUAAAGGCCGCAGCAGCAGACACAAGAGCGAGGAGACUAGCAAGACCUCAAACUCCACGAACAAAGAGAAACCCAGUACAGGCAAACAACCUGCUGAGAAAGUGAUGGAACAAGGAGAAGGUCAACAAAGCACCUCAGAAGAGGUCAAGGAAGUGGUCAAGCAGGACAUCGAGGAGGUGGUCAAGGAGGAGGACAUUGAUUUGGAAAACAAAGAUCUAGACGAAGAGAUUAUCCAGGUGGAAGCUAAACAAAGCUUAUUAGAUGACGAGGUUGGUGCUGGUGUUGAUACUAAAGACCCCGCUCCUUCCAAAAGUGCCUCUCUGGUGGCUGAUUCUAAAGAUGAGGGGGAACACGAAAUCUCAGAACUGUUGGCAGACGAUACCUUGGAGGAUUCUGACGUAAAGGCUGCCGAUGAUGAUGUCUCAAUGGAGAACAUGAUGGAUCAGGAGAGCUUUCAUGAAGAUGUAAGAAAUGAUUGUCAUUCAUAUUUGUGACUGGAACCAACAAAG